CAUCUUCUCACAAACCAAUCUUCUCCUGCAAUCAUGGGUGACACCUCUGAAUCAUCAUCAUCAUCCCCCCUUCUUCUUCUUCCAACAAAAACACCCCAAGAUUCAUACCAUUUAGCCUACAUAAUCUACUUCAUUCUGGGCGCAGGUUACCUGAUCCCAUGGAACGCAUUCAUCACAGCCGUCGAUUACUUCUCCUACCUCUACCCCGACGCUUCCGUCGACCGCAUCUUCGCCGUCGUUUACAUGAUCAUAACCCUCAUAUGUCUCCUUUUCAUCGUCUUCUACUCAAACAAGUCGAGUUCUUUUGUCAGGAUUAACGUGGGGCUUGCUUUGUUUAUUAUCUCGUUGCUUGUUGUACCCGUGAUGGAUGGUGUUUAUAUCAAGGGUCGGGUGGGGGUUUACGGUGGGUUUUAUGUGUCUGUGGCUGCGGUUGGGUUGUCGGGUAUUGCGGAUGCGUUGGUUCAGGGUGGGGUUAUUGGGUCUGCUGGUGAAAUGCCUGAGAGGUAUAUGCAGGCUGUUUUUGCUGGGACUGCUGCUUCAGGAGUUCUGAUUUCAAUUCUAAGAAUCUUUACCAAAGCAGUUUACUCACAGGAUGCAGUUGGGUUAAGAAAAAGCGCAAAUCUUUACUUCACAGUCAGCAUAAUCGUGAUGGUCGUAUGCAUUGUCUUGCACAAUCUUGCUCACAGACUCCCGGUUAUCAAACAUUAUAAUAAUAUAAAAAUCCAAGCUGUAAACAAUGAAAAGGAAGAAAAAGGUAAGGUCUUGCUAUGGCAGUCGACGUUAUGGGACAUUGUUGGAACAGUCAAAUGGUACGGUCUUGCCAUCGGUAUCUUAUACGUUGUGACAUUAGCCAUUUUUCCAGGCUACAUUACAGAAGAUGUUCAUUCUCGACUUCUAAAAGAUUGGUAUCCAAUCAUCCUUAUUACAUGUUUCAAUGUGUUUGACUUAGUUGGGAAAGUUUUGACUUCCUUUUAUGUUGUUGAGAAUUCUAAGGUGGUUAUAGGUGCAUCCUUUGCACGGCUUGUGUUUUUUCCGGUUUGUUUGGCAUGUUUACAUGGUCCUAUGUUUCUAAGGACCGAGAUUCCUGUAACCGUUGUGACUUGUCUGUUGGGGCUCACUAACGGCUACUUGACUAGCUGUUUGAUGAUGGUGGCUCCUAAAACAGUGCCACUUCAGCAUUCGGAGACGGCUGGGAUUGUGCUUGUGGUGUUCUUGCUUAUGGGUUUGGCGAUUGGUUCGGUUGUUAGUUGGUUUUGGACCGUUUGAUUGUGAGUCUUCACAAGUAAAACAAUACACAAUGUAAGUAAUUGUAGAUAUUGGUCUAUUCUGGUUAUGGAUUAUUGGUUUCAUCAACAUUUAGUUGAAUGAUGUAUUGAAUUAUCCAUUUUAUAGCUUUAUUCACGUUUCUUCCCUUUUUUUU